AGGAUAUUAGAUUCUUGAACGAGAUCCAAUAUGUGGUUUUGAAAAUUUGCACUCUAUUAUUUGCAGAUUGAUACCAGGGAGAAAUCGCUGCGCCUUGAAAUGCGGGAAAAACUCGAUGCCAAAGAUCGUCUUAUUUCAGAAGUGCUCACUCAACGGGAUGAAGCUCUGGCUAGUUUGUAUGAUCUCCAAGUCCAUGAUAACAAUGUCAAACUGGAAAAUGUCAAUCUCCAAAAACUAAAGGAUGAAUAUCAGAAGGAGAUAAAACAACAACAGGAGGUGAUUCUGAGGUUACAAGGAGAAUUAGAAAAUACUAAAGCUGAAGAAGAAGCAAAAUGUAAAAGCUGUUUCCAUCAGGGGUUUCUAUUGGCACAGAAGCUCGCAGUUGCUGAAGAAAAUGGUCUACUCCAACAGCUAGCAAUGAUAAAAGAGAUGCAGUCGAUUCUGAAGAAUAAUUACAACAGGAAAAAAGUAGAAUUCGUAGAUGUUUCUGGGACUUGAAUUCUUGUUGAUUUAUUAUAAUACAGUAAUAAUAUGAUAGAUGCAAAUGAAUAGAAUAACGAGACUAAUAGAUUCUAGUGUUUUCCUGUUCUGAUAUUAGUGUUUUUCUUGUUGUAUUUAGAAAAUUCUUAUCAUGUUUAGCUUCCAAUUAAUAGGAUAUAGGAUUCAUGGUAAUAAUUUGUAACUUAUGAUGUGCAAUAAUCGAAAUAAUUUAUUCUAAGACUGAAAA